UCUCUCUCUCUCUCUCCCCUUUCCCUUCUGGUCUCUUCAGCAACAAGAGUACUUUAUGCACAAAAGUGGAAAACUACAACAUUGCCUACGAUGGAGGAAUGGUAUGCCAUAGCAUGCAAAUGUUGCCUUCAGCUUCGCUAUCACUGUCACAGCUGUCUUGUCAGCCAGUUGAAGAACUUCUGGAAACUUGGAGAAGCCAUUUGUGACUACCAGAAAUAAACGUGAACAUCACCUAAUAAAUGACGCACAGUCACCGCGCUGCCAACAUGCGUGGUGUUCUUCGAAGCUUCACGACUUCCUUUUGCGCUCUGGCUGCCCUCUUCUUGUCUUUGCAACUUUGUGUGGCAAAAAGUAUAUAUGCAGAGAAAGGCUCUUCUGUGGAGCUGCUGUGUCCCUGCUCGCACUGUUCUGAGGAAGUGAACUGGUACUUUAACUGGAAAGGCACAACAACCCAGCUGUUCUGCAAAAAGAAAGGCAAAGUGAAGCGUUACCCAUCUGCCUGGGAUCGCCUUGAGAUGCUUCCAAAUAACUCCCUUCGCAUUAGCAACGUGGCAGACAAUGACACCUGGAGAUACUGGUGUGAACCAAGUUAUUACUAUGAUCUGGUGGUUGUCACAGGAACGAAGCAGACGGUGGAGAGCAAAAGAGCGGAUAGUGUAUGCUACAUCCUGAGCUGUUCUGUCUCAUCAGACGAAAACCUACGGCACUCUGAGGUCAAGUGGUGGGAAGGCAAAAAGGAGCUUCCAGAUGGAGAGAAGAAGGGAGGCGUCGGCAUUUUCAAAGGGAAAUGGGCUUCCCAACUCCACAUCUGCUUGAAAAAGGAGACUGCUGGAAACCGGGAAAGGAUGAAGACCAAGGAAAGGACAGUGAAGUGUACCUUUGCUGACCAGAUGGGGAUCACCUUCAAUUUGACUGGAGUAACAAAAGAUUGCCUAUCAGUGUGCCCUAACACAACUCAGUGCCUGGAAAGCAGAGGGCAUGAGGCCACCUGGAUCUCGCUGGCUGUUUGCGUUGUACUGCAGUUACUAGUCAUCCUUGCUCUGGGGGUGGCAUUGUGGAGAAGGAGCCAUUUCAGUCAGAAACAUGAAGAUUAUUUUAACAUGGUUGGCAAAGGUGUUUCCAGGCCAAAACACAGGCCUCAGCUAUAUGAGAAUGUCAGGACCCGAUCGGAGACAACAUAGUGAAGGGGAAAAUGGGGCUUCCUGUUGAGCCAGUCCAUCCUGGACCAGAACCCACAGUGGUGGAACUUAUGAUGUUUUUCAAAGUUUUUCCAGUGAGGAGUUUCCAUUUUGCCAAACUUUCCCUAACCUCUGCAUAUACUAAUGCCCUCAAAUAGAAAGCAAUUCUUCUGGAAUGAAAGUAAACUAAACAGACCACUUCUUCCUUGAUUAGUUAGAUUAUUCCCCUUCAUUACAUGUUUUAAAUCUUUACCUCAUGAGAGGCUGGAACCUCUGAUCUCUCUCAUCCUCUGUUAUGUGUAAGAUAACCACUAUAGUCCCUUAUGCAGAGAAUCCAUCUUGAUUUAUGAUGCUAGGCUUCUUUCU